GGACAGUUAAUGUGUUUCUGUUAAAUAAACAUGUUUACUGAUCCAAACAUAGUUUCAUUUUCAAGUUUUUUGUGUAAAAAUUCACCUUUCCAAUCUUAAUUCCCUAAAUUUUGUUGAUUUGUUAUUAAUUAUCUGCAUUCUCGGCUCUUGUUUUCCUUUGACCUUUUUGUUUCUUCUUACAUAAAAACUAUGUUGUUCAGUGAGAUCAACACCUUAAAUCUGCACCCAUGCACGGCUUCACCCCUGAAGAAAUGACAAACAAGUUCCCAUAUCCCAUAAUCCUCUUAUGGAUCUGAAAAAUAAAGCGCAGAAAAAACGCAAACUCUGCCUUAAGGACCAAUGAGGCGCAAACAGGUAAAUCUCAUCACGAGGGCUGACUCACCUGUCAGAGUUAAAGGUUUAUUUUAUAUGUUCAGAAUAAAUGGUUAAAAUUAUAUGUUCUGUCAACAUUAUUAACAUUUUGCGUAAAUAUGUGUGUUUAUGGUUAAUUGGCGCCUAAAUGAAUCCGGAUCCAGUGUGAUGAGCGCAUGACGGGGAUCACGAACGCGCGUGUCCCCGUUGACCCGGAGGAUAUAAUGUGUUUAGUUGAGGUAAAGUAAGAUGUUUAUUGUUCAGCUGCUCACGCGGGAAGGUGGGUUUGGUGAUCCAGCUCUCAGGGAUUAAAGAGCGCCGCCUUUGCGCCAGUAUAAAACCCCCACGACGCGCCACCCGCAGCUCCAGUCUUCCUUUACGCGCGGCUGUUUGGUCCCGUUGCGCGCGCGCUGAGCGGAUCGUGUUCUAAAGAGGAGGUCGGAGAAGUCGUUGAGGUGAUUAUCUACCCCGAACGCUUGUUGGCCGGGAGACCCAGUGGACCUUGGAGAAUGCCUGCUCUCGGGACGGUGCACUUAACGAAGCCGCUCCACAUGCGCUCACCUGUUGCGCAGGGCCGCCGGCACACGCUGCCGGCCAGCGAGUUCCGCUCCCUCAGCCCGGAGGAUGCCAUCAGCGUGUUCGAGAUCGAGAGAGAAGCUUUCAUCUCGGUGUCCGGUGAGUGUCCUCUCCACCUGGACGAGGUGCGUCACUUCCUCACGCUGUGCCCCGAGCUGUCCCUCGGAUGGUUCGAGGAGGGCCGACUCGUGGCCUUCAUCAUUGGCUCCCUGUGGGACCAGGAGCGGCUCACCUUGGACGCCCUGACUCUCCACAAACCUCACGGCGCCACCGUCCACAUCCACGUCCUGGCCGUGCACCGGACGUUCCGGCAGCAGGGCAAAGGCUCCAUCCUGAUGUGGCGCUACCUGCAGUACCUGCGCUGCCUGCCCUACGUGCGGCGCGCCGUGCUCAUGUGCGAGGACUUCCUGGUGCCCUUCUACCAGAAGUCCGGCUUCAGCGUCCUGGGCCCCAGCCAGAUCACCGUGGGGCCCCUGAACUUCACCGAGAUGUUCUACUCGGUCAGGGGACACGCCUUCAUGCGCCGCAACAGUGGAUGCUGAACACGGAGGGACCGGUUCUGGAUUUACUGCUGGGAUCUGCAGAGGCGAGCGCCGCCGAGCAGCGAGGAUGGACGUCUGCUGCUCGCCGUGGCUGGACCUGCUCCGCACACAAGACGGCGUUUUACGGCAGCGUUUUUGGCCAGCGAUUAUUGACCCUUUUGGCUUGACAUAGCUCCUUAGCGGGCGGAGGAGAAACGUCAGAGCUGAAAGCAGCUUCUGAGAGGACGCCGUGACGCGUUUUACGAGCAGGAAAACUGAAGAAUUGGGUUUUCUUUUUAAGUCACAAAAACUGUUAUUUUUGUAUUUUUCUAGUUUCCUGGAUAUUUUUUUAAAACUCGUCUUUAUGGAACUACCAAAAUAAAAGCCUCUUUUCAAACGAAGACAUUACAAAAAGUG